ACGUUUAUACUGAUAUUUACACACCGGAUGGGCUUUCUGACAGUUGUGAUUGGUCCAUACGAAAACACUGAGGUUCACAUUUUAGCAACUGAAGCUGAUCUCAAUGUGUUAGGAAAAUGGAAAAGAUUUUCUGUGAUGUCCAUGGCAGUGUGUGUAUGUUAAAAACGGGCGUGAAAGAUGGACCGAGUAAGGGCAAAAGCUUCUACGUCUGCGUUGACAAGCAAGGCUGUGGUUUCAGUCAGCCGGCCAGCAUCUCACCAUCCCACUGUCUUCAUCAUGAAGAUUCAAUGGUGGAACUCCAAGCUCUCACCUACAGUCACCAACAGCAGGGCUACAGGUUAUUCUAUCGGUGUAUUGAAGGUAAAAAAGGAGGCCAGAGGUGGUGUGGAUACGUGCCUUGGAGUGCACCAGACAAAGAAAAGAGAAACCCUCUUUUGGACUCACAGCUACAGCCCUCCUGCCUUCCGCCUGUCCGAAACCCCUUUAAGGCCCCUGGCAAGCUAGACAAGGACUCUGAGUGUAGAAGGAUGCAAUGUGGUGGAGGUAAUGAGAAGGGAAGAGAGGAGAAGGACAACGAGGCAAGUCACAAGGCUGAAGUAAAAGAAACUUAUCAGAAGGAAAAUAUGGAAAGCUUAGGGGCAGGAGUGGAAGAAAAGGAAGAAGAGAGGCUGAAUUCAUCAGAUACUUACAAAGGUAAACAGCUUCCACCAGGGAUGAAAUUAAAGAAAAGAGUUUCAGAUGAGGAGAGAAACGGUCACAAAGAUAACAUUGUGGAAAAAAUGACAGAUAAGAUGCUGGACGAGACUGAAGCCAACCACACCAAGCAGGGGGAAACAAAAACAGAUAUUUCUACCUCCAGCGUCAUUGCUGUUCAUCCUGAGAAAACCAAACAAACCUCACAGAAUCCUCACAAGGAAUCAUCCCAGAAACCAACUACUGGUGAAACCUGUCUGGUGAAACAAGCUAACCCCACUGUAAAAGAGAGUGCCUCUAAGUGUGCACCCAGCAACAGCAGCACCCAGGCUCCCAGAGACUCCGUGAACACUAGGAGUCCCACAUCUAACAAGCCAAGACACUCAGAGUCCAUUCAAACCAAAAACCAACACGAUGAAGACGAUGUAGUGUUGGUGUCAGUGAAACCUGCUACCCAGAAAGCUCCUGUUUCUGCUGUACAAAAAACCCUGACCACCUUCCCAGGUUUUCAGCCAGCUUCAAAGGUGAAAGGUCAACAGGAAGAUCCAAGAGGGCUACACAGUCUGCUCACUGCUCAGCUUCAACAGAAAAAGGCCACUCUGUCUGUGGUGAAUGUGACAGCUCUGCCAGAUAAAGGUGAGAGGUUGAAGACUCAGGUCAAGGAGCUGGAGGAAGCGCUGGAGUCUCUGAGCCUCACUGUUGCUUCUCAACCAGAGUCCCAAGAGGGAAAUAACAGCAGUGAUGCUGGUCUAGGUAGCAGUCAGGUCAACCCAUUCAGCAGACAGGUUGGCACCAUCCUGAUCCCUGCCCCUCCGGCCCCAGGCCCCGCUCAGUGCCAGGCCUCCUGCAGCUCCCUGGGGCUCCAGCUGAGCCAGGGGCACACCCAGAUGUAUGGAGCAAACCCACAGGUUCAGGGCUUUUACGGUGGCAGGAUGACUGAGGACCGUCUGUUGGCAGUGAAGAAUGCCACCUGCGAGGCUAUAGACCAUCUCCACAAAUCCCUGGAAUCCUGCCCUGAUGCUGAGGCCGAAGCCCCAGACCCCAAGGGCAUCAAGGUGUCGCUCCUGCCCCAUCAAAGGAGAGCUCUGGCCUGGCUGCUCUGGAGAGAAGCCCAGAAUCCCUGUGGAGGAAUUCUAGCGGAUGACAUGGGUCUGGGGAAAACCCUGACCAUGAUUUCUCUCAUACUGACCAAGAAGACCAAGGCAAAAGAGGAAGAUGAGAAAAAGGAUGAGAAGAAAGAGGAGAAAUGGAUCUCUAAAACUGACUCCAGCCUUGUGGUUUCUAAAGGCACUCUGAUCAUCUGUCCUGCCUCCCUGAUUCACCAUUGGAAGAAGGAGAUUGAGAGGCAUGUCAAGACAGGCAAGCUGACUGUGUACCUGUACCACGGCCCCAACCGAGAGAAAAGUGCCAAAGUGCUGGCAGAUUAUGAUGUGGUGGUCACCACAUACAGUUUGGUCUCAAAGGAGAUUCCAGUCCAGAAGGAGGAGGCUGACAAACCCACUAAGGAUUCUAGUGAUGUGCCUUUGCACUCAGCUCCUCUAAUGAGGGUGGCCUGGGCCCGCAUUGUUCUUGAUGAAGGCCACAACAUCAAAAACCCAAAAGUACAGACCUCCAUGGCGGUCUGUCACCUGAGGGCUCGCGCUCGCUGGGCGGUCACUGGUACGCCCAUCCAGAACAACCUGCUGGACAUGUACUCACUGCUCAAGUUUCUGCGUUGUUCUCCGUUUGAUGAGUACAAACUCUGGAAAGCUCAGGUAGACAACGGCUCUAAGAGAGGCAGAGAGAGGCUGAACAUCCUGACGAGGAGUCUGCUUCUCCGACGAACAAAAGACCAAAUGGACUCCACAGGAAAACCACUGGUGUCUCUUCCUGAUCGGACCUGCGAGGUGCAUCGACUCAGACUGUCUGCGGAUGAGCGGGCUGUGUAUGAUGUGGUCUUUGCCCAAUCCAGAUCCACUCUGCAGAACUACCUGAAGAGACAUGAAGGAAAUGAUGGGAACAAGGGGAACACAUCCAGUUCCAAUCCCUUUGACAAAGUGGCUCAAGAGUUUGGUAUGUCGCAGUCUAACCCUGCUAUGUCAGGCUCCCAGCAGCCACAACAGGCAACCAGCACUGUCCACAUCCUGUCCCUGUUGCUGCGCCUCCGACAGUGCUGCUGUCACCUGUCCCUCCUUAAGAAGACUCUAGACUCCACAGAGCUGCAGGGUGAUGGAAUCGUCUUGUCUCUGGAAGAGCAGCUCAAUGCUCUGUCACUUUCCUCCAGUCCCGCAUCAUCAGGCCCUGACCCUAAAGACACUGUGGCCCUUAAUGGUACCCGCUUCCCCUCACAGCUGUUUGAGGACACCAGUGACAGCACCAAGAUUGUUGCUAUUGUGUCUGAGCUGAAGGCAAUCAGACAGAAGAGUGAUGAUCAGAAAAGUGUGAUCGUGUCCCAGUGGACCAGUAUGCUGCGCAUUGUGGCCGUUCAUCUGCGGCAGAUGGGCUUGAGAUAUGGCGUUAUCGAUGGGACUGUCAACCCCAAACACCGUAUGGACCUGGUGGAAGAGUUCAACAAUAACCCUAAGGGACCACAGGUGAUGUUGGUUUCUCUUUGUGCUGGAGGAGUUGGACUCAACCUCAUCGGUGGGAAUCACCUCUUCCUCAUUGAUAUGCAUUGGAAUCCAGCCUUGGAAGAUCAAGCCUGUGACCGAAUCUACAGAGUUGGACAAAGGAAAGAUGUCACCAUCCACAGGUUUGUGUGUGAAGACACAGUAGAGGAGAAGAUUUCCACACUGCAGGUGAAGAAGAAGGAGCUGGCCCAGAACGUGCUGUCAGGGACAGGAAGCACUCUCACCAAACUCUCCCUGGCUGAUCUUAAAAUCAUUUUUGGUGUCUGAGACCAACAGCUACAACACCAUGCAGAUGUUGAGACACAUAUCUGGAAAAAUACUGAAAUGACCUUAUAAGACUGGGGUAAUAACUUAACAAAAUCUAUGAUACCCGAGACCUUAUUUCCGUGCCUGACCUCUGAGCUUAAUCUAGAGCAAUGUUUUCAUCUCUAUCUUAACUGCUUCAAAAAUGUUAUUGGGCUUAAUGUGCCUUAACAUUUUUUUUUAACUUUUCCUUUUCUUUAACUGCUUUAAAUUUAGCACUGUUGUGGACUUAAACUAAAGUUACACUAAACGGUAAGUGUGAACAAAAUGAAGACCACAGCUACAAUAGCAGAUACUGUUACAUACAGCAAGGAAGCAAAUUCUGCAACUUGAAACAUACACACUAAAAUCAUAUAUAUAUAUGUAUAUAUAUACACACAUAUAUACAGAGACACACACACACACACACACACUCCUAAUCUUUUAUUUCAGAAUAAUGUUUUACAGCACUUUUUCCUGCAUUUAUGUCCCAUGCUACACUAGGUGUAGCCAAUAAUUAAUAUUUUAGACUUAUAACUAUGUAUGUAUAUGUCUUCCGCUGUUAUUUUAAUAUGUUGAAUCACAGGGUCGCACUGAAAAGAGGGUUUUCCACCAUCAAGGCCAUUUUAAUUUCAGGUAGCUUCUUCAUUUUUGGAGUGAAGCAAAUAUUUGCCUCUGUUUGUGUCACCUGAAGGGGUUUAUUUUCAUUAAGAGAUAUUUUCAAAUGCCUUUUUAUUACAUAGAUGUAUUGUAUGCAUGUGUUCAGUACAAUGAUGCUUAAUAAAUUGUCAUGGAAGUUA